AUGGUUGGCCUAGGGCCGAGUGAUCAAGGAUGUGAUUCCUUUGAUGUGUGUAUGGUGGCACGUGAAACUACACCGAGUGCGGUCGGCCGUGAGAGCACCGCACUGAAUGUCGGUAAUGACAUUUUUGGCGAUACGCCAUUUAGUGAGGGUGGCCGUGAAGGCACCACGCUUAACGUCGGUAAUGGCGUUGUUGGCGAUUCGCUAUAUAGUGUGGGCGGCCGUGAGGGCACCACACCUAAUGUCAAUAAUGAUAUUGUUGGCGAUACGCCGUAUAGUGUGGACGGCCGUGAGGGCACCACGCUUAACGCCGGUAAUGGCGUUGUUGGCGAUACGCCGUAUAGUUUGGGCGGCCGUGAGGGCACCACAACUAAAGUCGGUAAUGACCUAAUUGGCGAGACGCCGUUAGAUUUGGGGCUAGACCCGCAUAAUACACGUGGAGUGGCACGUUUCAAUCCACUGGGUGAAGUGUUCGAGUUAUGUAGCACUUCACCGGAUGUCGGUCAAGACAAAAGCUCUCAUGUUGAGCAGACGAUCGAGACGUCGGGUAGCAACUUUUAA